AGUUAUAAGAGAAAAUCGAAAUCGUAGCAAUGGACAGAUAUUUGUCUAAGUCGAGCCCCUAAAUAAUAUAUGUAUAUAUAUAUUUUCCUACAAGAUGUCGGCUGAAAUCGAGGAGAUCCUCAAGCGCUACUCAAACUAUCCGAAUGUGUCGGGCAUCAUUAUCGUGGAUUCGUUUGCCAUACCCAUCAAGACCACAAUGGAGUACACCCUGACCGUUCACUAUGCUGCGCUGGCCAACAAUCUGCUGGCGAAGGGCUCCAAGAUGGUCCAGAACCUGGAUUCCUCGAACGAAUUGACAGCUCUACGCUUGCGCACCCUCAACCACGAGCUGAUGAUUGUACCCGAAGAGAAUUUCUUCAUCGUUGUGGUGCAGAAGCCUUUCGAAUGAAUGAAUCAUUUUUGAAUGCAGCAAUACGUUGAAUAAACUAUGUUCGCUGCCGCUGCAAUGGUCUUUUAUCU